AUGCACGUUGAAGGACAACCGGGCGAUUCCAUCCAUCGCCCGACUGACCCAGAUGGCCUGGUGUUGGAGGCCUGGGCGCAGGGCUUCAUGGUGGGAGCUCUGCUGUUUAUGAUCGCAAUCACCAUUGCCAACAUGAGACGGAAAGCUUUGCUUCAUAAGCUCAUUCUCCUGGAGUUGAUUCUCGGGAUGGGCCAUGGGACAUUCUUGUUUGCCCACGAGCCGGUCUAUGGCUGGUACCUCUCAAUUACGGCGAUCGGGUUGAACAUGUCUUGGAGUCUGCACAAUGUGAUUGCAUGGAUGAAGAAUAAGCCGUUUCUGACCUACCGGGUCUCGAUGUUUUAUAUCGGCACCGUCAUUCUGGCCCAGAUCUACUGGGUUAUCGAAAUAUAUGCGAACUUCGCUUUUUUCAACAAUAUCAACAUGCUCUUCUUGAAGACACGGCCAUGGGAGCCUCUCUUCCGUGACCCAUGGUGGAUAUACACGACCUGCAACAUAUUCUGGGUGAUCAAGUCCCAAUACGACUUCAGCUUCACCGAGGUCGUCCGUCACAGCCCUCGGUUCGGAGUCAUGUUGGUAUCGAUGUGCAUCUCUAUCGUCUUCAUCGUCGUCGACGUCCUUAGCGUUCUCGGCGUGUUUCGAGGUGCUUUGCCAACGGGUCUCAAUCCGUUCUGGAAGAUAUCCUUCGUCUGCAAAUGUUUCUGCGAUGCCGUUAUUCUCGAUGACUUCAAGACGGCCCUGGAUAAAUUGCGCGACUACUGGCUCCUAAAGAACGGCGCAACAGACGUUAACAGCGAGCCUUCAAGCCGACACAACAAUACCCGACGACAUCGAAGCAACGGCGCUCGCCGCGCCUCUAACACGAUGAUCAUAGUCGAACCCGAGCCAGUGAAGAGUCGAAAUGGAGAGGGCGCCAGCUGGAACUGCACUCCGCCUCUCCCGUCGAACUUCCAUAACGCACGACGUAGCUAUCAACGAGGAUUUUCACACAGCGGCGACGGGAUAGUUUGA